GCCUGACAUCCCGCAGUUACUUCAAAGAGCACUUACAAGCGACCAGCCGCACCGAGCCGAACUUUCAUUAAAGGACCUCGAUAACCUUAGCCUAAUGCCUGGGUUAACCCGGGAACUUAUAUCAGACCACCGCCCUACAAUAAGAUACCGCCAAUAUGAUGAUAUCUUUUCGUAG